UUUUAAUCAUAUCUACAUCAGUUUCUAUUGAGAGCGCCAGAAAUUGAGUAGAGAAUCGAAAAAUAAAUUCAAAUUUUUUUGUCUAUCAUACAACAUGUUGUCGUAUUUGGAGGCACAGGACUUUCAGGACAAGGAAAUGCGAUGCGCCUUUAAUUUCGUCAAUGCCAGACGCAAUGCACAGCUGCUCAAGAACGGGUAUCAGCCGCCUUUGGCAGUGCGCACGGGCACAUCCAUCGUGGGCAUCAUCUACCAGGAUGGGGUCAUACUCGGUGCCGACACCCGCGCCACUGAGGGACCCAUUGUGUCGGACAAGAACUGCUCGAAGAUACAUCGCCUGCAGGAUCACAUCUUCUGCUGCGGAGCAGGCACCGCCGCUGACACGGAACAGAUGACGCUGAUGACAUCCGCUGAGCUGGACCUGCAUGGCUUGAAUACGGGUCGCCAGGUGCCGCUGAUCUGCGCCAGCAUGAUGCUGCGGCGUACACUGUUUCGUUACCAGGGUCACAUCAGUGCCGCCCUAGUCAUGGGCGGGGUGGACAAGUAUGGGCCGCACAUAAACUGCAUUCAUCCGUGCGGCUCCAUCGACAAGAUACCCUAUGCAGCGAUGGGCUCUGGCACGCUGGCUGCCAUGGCUGUGCUGGAGCAGGGCUGGAGUCCCACUCUGAAUCUGGAGGAUGGCAAGCAGCUGGUGCGCAAGGCAAUUAGCGCUGGUGUGUUCAACGAUCUGGGCUCCGGCUCCAACAUCGAUCUGUGCGUGAUAACACGCGACGGAGCCGAGCAUCUACGCACGGAGACAAUAGCCAGCGAGCGUGGCGAGCGGCUGGCCAAGUAUUCCAUCCUGCCGAAUACGACGCUAGUGAAGAGCAUUUCUGUGCAGGACAUUGAUAUAUUCGACGAGCGCAUCUAUCGCCCCUCCUAUUCCAUUUCCGAGAUGCCCUCCAUCAGCCAGUCCGAGUCGCAAAUGGAGGACCCAAAACCGAAACCGAAGCCAAAGCCGAAACCAAACUCGACAGCUCCUCCCUAGCUCCAUAACAAUCAAUAUAUAUAUAUUUUGUAAUGCACAAAUUAAACCACAGGUGGCGCCAGUUCUCUUUUGUAUUUUGU